AUGGAGUUCGCACUAAGUGCAGGUGCCGUUGGUGACUUCAUUUCAAUUGCUGCCCUGAUCAAGGACAUCGUUGUCGCCCUUGACGACUCGCGUGGAUCCGCCAAACAAUACAGAGAGCUAGUGCAGCAACUCAACACUCUCGACCAGACACUGGACACAGUACAGCAGACGCUCAAAGAUCCUCGCAUGACACAUUCCUUGGAACUUAUCUCAGCAAUCGUGCUUGACACAGUGACCAAGACCAAGAAAUGCUUGGUAGACUUCCUGGACCAGAUUAGCAAGUAUGAGCCAGCCUUGAGCACAACUGCUUUUGUGAAGAAGGCUUCAUUGAAUGGUGCUUCAAAGAAGGUCCGGUGGAAAGCGACGAGCAAUUGCAGGAAGGUUCAGUGGAAGCUGAACGAGAAAGAUAUCGACAGAUUCCGCGCCGAGGUGGUGGGAUACACUAUAGCGCUUGAAAUGGUUUUAGGGGUGAUUACAAUGUAA